UAUAAACGCGGAGACGACUCGAUCGCCCAGGAAUUUGAAUAUAUUGGGAACAACCGCAAGUCUGUGCAUAUUAGUGUCGAAGCUAUUCUCAAGAAGUAUCAGACGUCUAUCAAUGUACUAUAUGUCAUUUUUAGGACCACUUCUGUCAAAGAAGUAAUGGGCGGGCUGCAUACCCUUGUCAGACAAGGCAAGGUGUUCUACCUGGUAAGUAAAAUGACUUUGACUGAAUAUAUUCGAGGGAAUAUCUGA